AUGGUGAGUUGCUGCACUGUGUGUGUGUGUGUGUGGCUACUUUUGACUCUUAAACACACUCGGAAAUAGCCUCCCCCAACCUGAGGCCCUCCAGAUGUUGCUGGACAGCAACAGAGGCUGAUGGGAGCUGUGCUUCAAACCAUUUGGAGAGUCUCCAGAUUGGUGAAAGUUCCCCUGCAGGUAACUGCCAUCUUGGGACGCGGGUGGCGCUGUGGGUUAAACCACAGAGCCUAGGACUUGCCGAUCAGAAGGUCAGUGGUUCGAACCCCCACGAUGGGGUGAGCUCCUGUUGCUCGGUCCCUGCUCCUGCCAACCUAGCAGUUCAAAAGCACGUCAAAGUGCAAGUAGAUAAAUAGGAACCACUCUGGCGGGAAGGUAAACGGCGUUUCUGUGCGCUGCUCUGGUUCGCCAGAAGCGGCUUAGUCAUGCUGGCCACAUGACCCGGAAGCUGUACGCUGGUUCCCUCGGCCAAUAAAGUGAGAUGAACGCCGCAACCCCAGAGUCGGUCACAACUGGACCUAAUGGUCAGGGGUCCCUUUACCUUAACCGCCAUCUUUGGUUAUAUAAACAAAGCAAACUUCCAACUUCAAUUUUUUGUACCUUGGCUAACAAAGGCUGUAUUAUGCUAUUGGUUUUUAAUUUUUUUUAAAAAAUUUUGCUUAGGUUCAACAAGGAAGAACUAGAAAUUCAGAAAAAGAACCAGAUUUUAAAGCAGAUCUUACGGCCCCAGUAGGUGGGCAGGUGAAAGUCGGGUCUCCCCCAAACAGGUACACCAACCACUUUUUUUUGUUUUUAAGCUUCUUGUAUUAAUUUAAUGCUAUGUUAUGCCAGGUUGGCUCCAAGCUGUUCUUGUGUAGGCUUGAUCCUGUUGCAGGGGCAGGGAACAUUUUUAGGUUCCAUGGGCCAGAUCCAUUUUGGGAUCCACCUCACAGGCCAAAUUUGGCAGGUGGGUGGCCACAACCUGUGGGAUGUUGGUAUCCAAAAUGCAUAUGGUAAAGGGAUCAUUGCAAGAGCUGUAGAACUCUGUGAUGUCAUACGUCUGAGGCAGUUAUGACAGUUGGUACAGUUGGUUCAGUCAGUUGAACAGUCUUCACAGAGCAGCAGGUUAUGUUUUGAUGUGCUUCUGUCUGCCUCAGAGUCAGAGUUAGUUAGUCUGCAAUAGUUAAAUCUGUGUAAAAUAUUUUAGCAGCUUAAGUAUCAUUGUAUAUUUUAAUCUGCAAGUUCAAGUACACUAAGUAGGUUAUGUUAUUUUUAACUUUAAAAUAACUUUGGUUACUUUCUUUGAAGUUAUGGUCCAUCAUCUUCUGAUUCCCCACAAACGUAUCUGUUUCAGGGGGCUGGCAACUGCCCCACCAUGCUGAACGUGCAGCAGGAUGUAUAAGACUCUACAUACUCUGUCCUUCCUUAGAAGGAGCAGAGGCCAGGCAUCACUGUGAGCUCUUUAUGUUUGGGGCAGGGCAUGAAGAGAAGAGUGAUAUUCAGAUGAGGGGGAGGAAAAGAAAGCGCCGAGAGGAGGAUUUAGAAAACCUCAACCCCUCAAGUCACCAGGGUUCCUGAGGGUUAACCUGAGUUGCACAAUGUCCAGCCUGGAAAUGAAGGGGUGGAGCUCCUGAGUUAAGGAUGGGGGAGGAUAAGAACAUAGCCAUCAUGGCAAGUAGCUAUUGAUAGCCUUAUCCUCCAUGAAUUUACCCAUUCCUGGGAAAGGAAUGUAGCCUAAUGCCGCACGUACUGUGCCAAGACACAGCAUGACUUUUGCCUCUGGGUGGAGCCAAGUGGAUGUAGUUGUGGGGGACAUAGUAAAAUAACAAAAGUUCCCAAGCCAAGCAGGAAAUGCCUGUCGACUUGUUCCUGACCCUGUGCCUUAAAGUGUUAUUCUUUCCCCUGGAGACCCCAAGAGAAGGCAGUGAAAACCCUACAACAUUCAGCGAAAGCUUUAGGUGUGGGAAAACCUUAACCCUUGUUAUUAGACGAGGUGCUCGUGUGUCUGGGCCAACUGCUUUGCAGUUAAGUCUUAGGGCCUCCCUAAUUGGCUGCUAGGGAUGCCAUGCUCCCUCCAUGAAUCUUACUGUGCACUUGAAUUCAUUCAUUCAUUCAUUCAUUUGUUUAUUUGUUUGUUUAUUCAUUCAGACUGGGUAAGAAUGCCCAAGUCCUUCCUGUGGAAGAUCUAAGGGCCAAGGGUCUAUAUACAGUGGAGCUUGGUGCAGUAUAUGACCUAUGUGUUGGUAAAUCGCAAAGCUUUCCAUCUCUUCCCUGUUUGCAUAGCUGAAGGAGGGGGAGAGUGCAAGUGUGCAACCAGACCAUCUGUCUGUCACCUGUUUAUGCUGAAUCUGAGAUGUUGCUUCUCUCCCUUUUCUAACCAGGAAGCUAAGUGUGACCAUUGAUGUGAUAGGUGGAGAGCCAGGCACUAUUAGAAGAGUGGAAGGAAGGCGCCGUGAUAAGCAUGGCUCAGAGGAAAACUCAAUUCAGGUAAGAAAUCUGUCCAGACUGAAUGCACUUCACUUUCUUAUCUAACUCACUUUUGAGUACAAGUGGAUUAGUUUAUAUAUUUAUUGCAUUUAUAUCCCACCUUUUUCUCCAAGGAACUCAAGGUGGUGCGUUCUUUCUCAUUUAAUCCCCAUAACAGCUCUGUGAGGUAGGGGGGCUGAGAGGCAGUGACUGGCCCCCACAGUCACCUAGUGAGAGCUUCAUGGCCAAGUGGGAGGAUUUGAACCCUGGUCUCUCCCAGGUCCUAGUCCCACCACUCCACCACACUGGUUCUCAAAUUUAUAUCACACCCUUCGUCUAAAGGAGCCUCCUUUGGGGCUGAUUGCAUACCCUUUUUAUUACCGUAUUUUUCCGUGUACAAGACUAGGUUUUUUCCCUUUAAAAAAAAGUCAAAAAUUAGGGGGUGUCUUAUACACGGGGCCAUCUCCCCCCAUUUUCUUAAGUCUGAGUCCCCAAAACUAGGGGGUGUCUUAUAGAUGGAAAGAUACGGUAAAUUCAGUCCGCAUACUCAAAAGCAAAGUAAGGAGAAGUUCAGAAUUCCAUUUAAGCUCAGCUCCACAUCCAGGACCACAUUCUGCCAUUUUUCUGUGCUCCAAUGGCACAAUGCAGUCCUCCCACGUGGGAUGUGUGCUUUGUGUAAGGCCUGGUAUAGGAAUCAGUUUGGCUGCAAUUAACGGGGAGGUCAGGUGUUUUCUUUUUUCUUUUUAACCAAUCCCUUUUCUGUUUUCUGUUCCUUUUAAAGGUACUUGGUGAUAAUGGGAGCAAGGCACAUCCCACAAAGUCACUGCAGCAACCAGGGCCACAACAGCCAUUGGUGCCACCCACGGGUCCUCCACCAUCAGUAGGUGGUUCACCCCUAUCUUGUUUUUUCCUUCCUUGGAUGCCAGUUACUUCUUCCCCACCACUUUGCCAUCAUCCAGGUAGGUGCCUGCUAGUAUAGAAGGCUGUCCCAGAAAGCUAGGUAGACCCUACCAUCACUGUCUGAAACCUGCUUAGCCAUAGACAGUUGAUUACAGGAAAUGCCUGAAAGAGCACUCACUGGUUGUCCUGUGUCCACAGUAGCAAAGUGAAAGGACUGGGCCACAGACAGAAGGUCAGGAUUCCCAUCACUCCUGACUGUUAGUGGCAUUUGCUGGGGUUGAUGGGAGUUGAUGGGUCCAGCAAUAGGGCCACAGGUUCUCCACCCUUGCUCUAAACCAUAUUUGUAAACCUGCUUAACAAGUAUUCUGUUAUUGCCUAGGUAUGCCACCCCCAUCUUUAACUUCUCUGAUGUGUAAUGGUUAUGGGUUGGGGAAACACCUUAAAGAAUAAUGGAAUAGGCAAGACUGAGGUCUGAAAGUGUCUGUUCUAAGUUCCUGAGACAGAAGUAGAUGUGGUAGAUGCCUGGAAGGAAAGCUACCUGGGAACUGCAGGUGGGAUAGCCAACACCCCAGGUGUGCAGAAUUGCACAUUAUGGGUAGGACAUAAGUCCAUUGUUGAGUCCAGUCUCUCUGCCUUCACUAAUAUGUAGUGAAUAUAUGCUGAUAUUAUCACAUUGUGUGUUCCCUGCUUUGCAUUAUUGAUAGCAGCUGGUUGGGGUGCUGGGAGAUGAAACAUGAAGUUCGGAGACAGGUGUAUGCUUUACAACACAUUACCAUAGGUUGCAGGAUGGAGAUGGUACCAGGGUUUUAAUUGGCAUUGUGAAGUUCUAGGAAGAGCCUGCUGGAUCAGGCCAGUGGCCCAUCUUGUCUGGCAACCUGUUCUCACAGUGGCCAACCAGGUGCCUGUAAGAAAACCACAAGCAGGAUCUGAGCACAAGAGUAUUCUCAAGGGACAUGCUCUGUCCCCAUCCUGUGGCCAAAGAAACAACAUUAUCUGCUUCUGAAGCAAAAACACCAGUGAGGAAAGAGAAGGCUUCAGAGGUAGGUGAAGGAUCUUGAAGGGAAGUUUUUCUUUCUGCAGUUCUCUCACUGUGAAGUUCUCUUUCUGCAGUUCUCUUACUGCACAUAAUUCUUGCAUUCUGGGAAGUCUCGCUCAUAAUCUUCUCUCUGCUUCUGCACAUAAGUCUGAGAAUGUUCUGAACAGUUCCCAUUGAGUUCAUGAAACAGUGUAUCCUGACCUGUUCUUAAUGCAUUGCUGACCACAUCUACAGAACGUGAUUGUUGUAUUCCUUCAUGUUAUGUUCUCUCAAUAUCAAUCUUUAGUUAUAAUUUAAUUAGGAGGUUUCAUGCCUGUCUAGUUCCAGCUCCGUUCCCAGUCUUUUGAACUAUCAGUGAUUAAUGUAAUAUGUAAUGCCCGCCUUGUACCUAUGUUAACCAAUCAGCAACAAGAUGCUUUGUGUUUGUAUCAGCCAAUCAGCCACAAGCACACCUGUGGCAAUGUUUGUAAUAUUCAAUAAAGAGAGUUCCCGGGACUUGCCCCGGGCAGACGUCUCUCCUUUGACACCCACCAUUCGUCUGUCGUGAUUUCAACCCAACAUCUGGUGACCCCUGACGUGCCAGAUCCCUUACGCAGCCAAACCUCAUACUUCACCCGACUGGAAAAGUCUCAGCGCGCUACUUCGUGAGUAUGGGAGGGGACUUGACUAAGCUCCAGAAAGAGCAUGCUAAAGAGUUGCUUUAUUUAGUUAGACAGCGGGAGGUGGGUGUUAAUAUUUCCUUAAAAGAAAUUGAACAAUUGCUAUGUGAGAUGAAUUGCCAAUGCGUCUUUUAUCCAGAGGCUGGAUCUUUGGAUGUAGAGACUUGGCAAAAGAUCGGAAAGACCCUUUUUGCAGAACCUAGGGCUCCGAUUCAUUGUCUGCUCACUUGGCAGAAAUGUGCUGAUGCCGUUGCUAAAUUAGGGCCCCAAUUGGGACCCCAGGCGUCUCCUCUUCUGGCCAUUGCAGACAAUCCCCACCCUACCCGAAACUUUUACCUCCUUCUCCCAGCCAAUCCCUCCCUGCUUCUCACCCUCCUCAGCCUGCAUCCUCCCCCCAUCCCUCCGCCUCAGCCUGAUUCCUCCCCCAUCCCUCCUCCUCCUGCCACAGCCCCUGCUUGCUCUAUAGGAGCUGUGCGUGCUGCGCUCUCUCUGGCAAGGCAAAAAGGACUCCUGUCCUUAGAGGAGGAGUCUGAGUGGCCAGGUGAAAUGCCGUCUGCUUUCCCUAUCUCUUAUUCAAACCCUGGAUCUGCUCAACAGCAGAUUUAUUAUGAAUCGCUUCCUUAUUCUGUAAUGAGGGAAUUAAGGAAAGCCAUUGCUGAUUCUGGUCUGAAAUCCUCUUAUGUGACAGGGAUGCUAGAAGGCAUAGCAACUGGUUACAUUAUGCUACCUCAGGACUGGCCAGACCUGAUUCGCAUGCAUUGCUCCCCUGACCAGUAUGUGGUGUUUGAGAGUGAAUUUAAACAUAGCGCUUCAGCCCUGUCUGAUCCUCAACAUACUGCCAAUGAACUUUAUGGUGCUGGUCAGUUUGCUGAUAUAACUGCCCAAGCAACACUGACACCUGUACAUUUUGUUCGCACCGCGACCUGUGUACAACGCGCCUUUCGGAAAGUCCCUGUUUCUGGGCAACCGCUGAGCUCCUUUGUGAAUAUUAAGCAACAGCAUCGGAGCCAUACCAUCAGUUCAUAGAUAGAUUGAAAGAAUCAGUCACUAGGCAGAUUGAUAACACCACUGCUCAAAAUGAAUUGAUGAAAAAAUUGGCCUUUGAAAACGCAAACACUGAUUGCAAGAAAGCUUUGCAGUCAAUCAUACAUCGCCCUAAAUAUGAACUGGCCGAUAUGAUUCAAGCUUGUGCGGAUGUCGGUAGCCAGAGCCAUGCGAUGUCCUUGCUUGCCGGCGCAAUCCAAGCAACCACUAAGCCUACUGGUAACUGCUUUAAUUGCAAGCGCCCAGGCCAUUUUGCCAAGCAAUGCAGAGCCCCUGGUGGGGGGGCACACAAGGAUGGUUCUCCCUCUAAGGCUAAACCUUCUAAAAAAUGCCCGAAAUGUGGCAAAGGCUAUCAUUGGGCUAAUCAAUGCAGGAGUUCGGGAAACUCCAUUGCGGCCCCACUCUCGGGCCAGGAAAAUUAGAGAGCUUUCCGCCUUUAAUUUCUGCUGCUGCAAACUUUUCAAAGAAAACACCCUCUGAAUUUGCAAUUGAUUUGAUCAAUCAAGAAACCAAAGACUCUGUUCUACCUGGUGAAAUUGUGCUUAUGCCCACUCAAUUGGCAGGUCCCCUGCCUCCUAAAGUCGCAGGUUUAAUUUUACCCAAAUUUUCUGCGGCAAAGGAAGGCAUCCAGGUUAUUCCUGGAGUUCUGGAUCCUGACUAUGUAGGCACAAUAAUGGUUCAACUCUGGAGCCAUAUGCCCAUGCAAUUAAAAAGGGUGAGUCUUGGGCGCAUUUGGUGGUGCUCCUUCUCAUCCUACUGCUUCUAUUAUGGAUACUAAUUUGCACGAGCUCUCUUCUUUCCCUCCACAGCUGUUAGCUGUAGUCCAGAGGAUUGGUGAGAAGAAGCUUCUUCGUAAGUAUAAAAUCAAUGGUAUUGUGCUGGAAGGCUUGAUUGACACAGGCGCAGACGUUUCUGUAAUUUCUAGUAGUUGCUGGGACCCCACGUGGCCCCUUGAGUCUGCUUCUGCAGUCUGGGGUGUGGGUGGCCCCCAAACCUCUUCCAAAAGCAUACAGUGGCUGCCUGUUUCUCUGCCUGAUAGCUCUGAAACCAUUGCUUACAUCCAGCCCUGUGUGCUGAAAAUCCACCUCAAUCUGUGGGGAAGAGACUUGCUACAACAAUUACAAGCUACCAUUCAAUUUAAUGAGUAAGCUUGCACUUCCCCUCAACUGGAAAUCUUCUGGUCGUGUCCUGGCUAUAAGUUUAAUUACAUUCCAGCAAACAUCAGCCAUGGAACACCUUGCUGUUUAAGCCGUUUGUCCAUCAUUUUAUCGCUGCAAUAUUUAAUUGACUAAUGAUUGUGAUGCUUUUGUCUCUCUUCUCAGUAGGUCUGAAUAUAUCUCUUUAGUUGCUUCUCUCUUAGGAGUCCCUGGAUUGGCUGUACGGAAUCGAAUGAACAUUAUUUCUUUAGCUUGUUAUGCAGCAAAAACCCUGAAAUUUACUUCUCAAGCCCUUCACCUUUUGAAUAAAGAACAGAGUGAAUUACAUAAUGGACUUUUACAAAACUCCACUAUGGACUUUUACAAAAUCGUGCUAUCGAUUAUUUGCUCAUGCUUCAUCAUUAUGGCUGUGAACAAGUGAAUGACAUGUGUUGUUUCAAUAUUACUGACAAUUCAAGAGCCAUUCAAAGUCAAAUCUCUCAUUUGCAAAAUCUUACACAUCACAUUAAACAGGACAUUGGUUUUCCUGGCCUCUGGGAUUACACAUUAAACAGGACAUUGGUUUUCCUGGCCUCUGGGAUUCUUUCACCCAGUGGCUUACCGCUUGGUUGCCAAACCUUACUUGGCUUCGUGGUCUUUUUCAAUAUGCCAUUUUCAUAAUUUGUAUUUUUAUUUUGCUAUGCUGUUUCCUUCAAUGCAUUCCUAGCCUCAUGAGUCUUUUCUCCCGGCUUCUCUCCCCCCCCUCCCCCACCCAGCAAACUCCUUGCUGCUUACAUUGCGAAAUGGCAACACCAACAGUAAACCUUAGGGGAGAUGUGGGCGGAUUUAUUUUGGGCAUGCGCUGGCAAACCACGUAUCCUGAAGUAUUUUUGUCCCAUCGACCCUGGCAGGCUUAUUUCGGGCAUUCGCUGGCACACCACUAAUCCCGAAGUAUUUCUGCCUUAUCUACCUAGAAUGCCUCGCAAACAAGAAAAGAAAGGGGGAGAUGAAGGGAAGUUUUCUUUCUGCAGUUCUCUCACUGUGAAGUUCUCUUUCUGCAGUUCUCUUACUGCACAUAAUUCUUGCAUUCUGGGAAGUCUCGCUCAUAAUCUUCUCUCUGCUUCUGCACAUAAGUCUGAGAAUGUUCUGAACAGUUCCCAUUGAGUUCAUGAAACAGUGUAUCCUGACCUGUUCUUAAUGCAUUGCUGACCACAUCUACAGAACGUGAUUGUUGUAUUCCUUCAUGUUAUGUUCUCUCAAUAUCAAUCUUUAGUUAUAAUUUAAUUAGGAGGUUUCAUGCCUGUCUAGUUCCAGCUCCGUUCCCAGUCUUUUGAACUAUCAGUGAUUAAUGUAAUAUGUAAUGCCCGCCUUGUACCUAUGUUAACCAAUCAGCAACAAGAUGCUUUGUGUUUGUAUCAGCCAAUCAGCCACAAGCACACCUGUGGCAAUGUUUGUAAUAUUCAAUAAAAGAGAGUUCCCGGGACUUGCCCCGGGCAGACGUCUCUCCUUUGACACCCACCAUUCGUCUGUCGUGAUUUCAACCCAACAGGAUCUUCCUUUAGAGGCAGCAAGUGAGCUCACUAAAAGUGCUGCUCCUUCUUCAUCUGAGAAAUGAGGCCAGGGUGGCCUCCACUUUGGUGUGAUGUUCUUUUGGGGGGGCAGGAAGAACAGCUUUCCCACAGCUCUUGAUUGAUGGGAGAGGCUCAAAGUACACUGCCCUUCAGCUCUGCCAGGCAUUAUAGCAGCAUUUGCAAGGGGGCUGAGAGCUUCACUUCCCCUUCUCCACACAUUUAAACUAGUAUGACUUUGUCUACAGGUCUGUUUCCUCCACUUCAUGCUUCACCGCCACCCCUUUCGAUUCCAACACAUGGUGGGUAAGUGAGAAUUAAAUGGGUUUAACUUACUAACACUCUUAUUUGUUGCAUUUAUAUCCUACCUUUUUUGAGCUCAAGGUGGCACACGUGGAUCUUCCCUUCCUCAGUUAAUCCCCACAACAACCCUGUGAGGUAGGUUAGGCUGAGAGACCAGUAAUUGGCCGAGGGUCACCAACUGAGCUUCACAGCUGAGUGGGGAGUUGAACCCUGGUCUCCCAGGUCCUAGUCUGACACUCUAACCACUAUGCCACAGUGACAUCUCUCUUAAUAUUGUCUCAUCUGUAGGCUGCAAAAGGCUAGCAGAAUUGUGGUUGUGGUUUUGCAUUACUUUGUGGUUGGGAAAGAGCUCUUUGAAUAUGAUUGUGGACAUUAGCAGAAGCACCAUUCAAAUGCACAUCAACACAUUUUUUAAUCUUAGGCUGAGAUUGGUCACCAUUGUCUUUUGUCAGUUUAUUGAUCCACUGUGACUGCACUACUUGUAAAUUAUCAUAUUAGUGAGGGUUCUUGGAGAUAGGGCUAGGGCUGUUUGGUGCCCCCCCCUUUUUUAUUUGCCUUCUCCAUUCCACCUGGAAGGUUGUAAUCCCAGUUUUGUAGAUUACCAGAUCUAGCCAUAGCUGAGGGCAGUGGUGGGAGGCCAAAGCAGAUGGAGAGAGGCAGCUGAUCUGUAGCUUCUCUGGUGAUAGAUUCCAGAUUGCUCAGACCAUGUGAGCCAAUCUGACCCGAAAGCUUUCAUAGGGGCUAGCAACUAUCAACUGAACUGCUCAUGCCUAUUCAGUGUGCCUUAUCUCCCUGCAGUUUGUACCUCCAGCUACUGCUGAGCAGUGGCAUUCAGACUGCCAGUUCAUGAGUUGCUAAGAGCAGAACCCUUGGGAUGAUUUGUGGCUCUUUCCAGUGGUGUGCAGAGAAUGUGGUGAUGCCCUUGAAGAGGCAUCUGAAACUGCAGAAAAAUACAGCAGCCAUAAUGUUUCAUGGUGAGCACUUUUCCAGCCACAUUACACUAGUCUUAUAUGAAUUGCAUUGGCUUCUGGUUCUCUCUUUCUCCCACUCCACUUUCCUGGUUCCAGUUCUAGAUGCUAGUUGUUACCUGUACAGGAAUAUCUGAAACACAGUCUCAUCUCACCAUAGGUUACUGUCAUCUUGUGAUGUCCUGAUUUGUGUCCCAUCAGCAGAAAAGGUUAGUUUGGUAGGAAGGCAGAUUGGGCCUUUUCUGUGACAGCCCCCCUCCCCAAAGAUAUGGAACCUUCCACAAUAAGUUAGACUGGCCUGCCCCUAACAGCUUUUAGGCAGGCAUUUUUUAUAUUUCCUGAAUUUUGCUGGUGUUUAAUUAUGAGAUUUAAGGAUUUAGUUUUUCUCUGUUUUCCUGGGUUUUAGAUAUUUGGAUUUUAUUUUGUGUAUACUGGUUUCAUUGGUUUUAAUGUACUGCAAAUGGCGGGGGGGGGGGGGAGAGAAAGGUUUUUCAUGAGCAAAAAUGUUUGUACAAAGAAAAGACAGGGAGCUUAGAUUAAGAACUCUUACACACUCAUUCCCCACAUUGUCAAUUUAUGGAGUUCAUUUGGCAAAAUGUGGAGAUGGCUUUACAAUGGGACUAUAUCUUCCCCAAUCUGGUGCAACCUUCAGAUGUAUUAGUCUACAAUUCCCAUCUUCCUUCAGUCAGCAUGGUAAUUGCCACAGAUGCUUAGAGUCCAAAACAUUUGGAGGGGUGUCAGGUUGGGAAAGGCUAGAUUAGACAAAUUUAUGGGGAACUUUACAGAUUUCAGUGGACAUCAGCCAUGAUAAUCAAAUGGACGUCCAUAUUUAUGGAGGCAGCAUGUCACUUGGGGAGGAGGGAACUGCAGGAGAGGGUGAUAGCAUGCCUGGCUUGUAGGGUUCCCAGAGGCAUCUUGGUGUUCAAAGUGGAAACCGGAUGCUGGGCUAGGUGGUCUCAUCCAACAGGGCUCUUCAGUAUUCUUGUGUCUAGCUCUCUGCAUACUCAACACUCCUAGGUUGUACUCCUAGUGGAUAGACAAGAAAGUGGUAGUAGCUAGGAGAGAUGGCAUGGUAGGACUAGGAAAGAAUCAGCACCUUUGAUGAAGAGGUGGCUUACAGUCAAUAAGAGAGAAGCUCUUUAAGGGAGUUGGGACAAUGAUGCUCUGUUUUAGAACAGUUGAUUUUAAUUUUUCUCUUUCUGAAUGGGUGAUAGGGGGACUAGAUAUUACUAACCAGUUGUUGUUGUGUUCUCUCUCUCCCUCCCCCCCCCUCUCAAAGCCAGUCUGCCAGCUACAGCAACAGCCAACCACCUCCAUUUGGCUACAAAUCCACAGGUGAGCCCCUUAGACAUGCUGCCUGAAAUCAGUUAGUGUCCUGUGCUACCCAUUAUGGGUUAUGUGGAUUUCCCAACUCACUUCUUGUUGGGCAGCCUUAGACCAUUCUAUUUAAUUAUUGUUAUAUUUACCGCAUUGGCCUGAAUAUAGGCCUCACUUUCCCCCCAAAUUCCAACCAUGAAAAGUUAAAGUGUGGCUUAUAUUCGUGACUUUACAGUAUGCAGCCAGGAGUGCAGGGCAAACAGCGCCAGGAGUGCGGCAAAGCAGCACCCACCCCACAUGUAGUCCCCCGUCCUCUCCCCCAAGGCCAGAAAGGGAGAGAGCAACGCUGCACGGCUCCCCCCCCCAUAUGCAGCCAGGAGCAGCGAGGAAUGGAGCGGCUUUUAUUAGAAUAUUUUUUCUUUUUUUCUUUCCCCCCUCCAAUUUUAAAGGUGCGGCUUAUAUUCAGGUGCGGCUUGUAUUCGGGCCAAUACGGUAUUUAUAUCCCACAUGUUUCUCUGGCAGGACUCAAGGCAGCUUACAACUAAAACAGAAUCAGCUAAAAACAUAUAUAAGAAAAGAAAUCUGUUUUUUAAAAAACAAUUUUACAUUAGUAGAAUUAAAAUAUAAAAUAUAAAACAAACAUGCUUGUGAGGGUGGCAGGCCUGAUAAUGGCCUCCCUUGAAGAUCUCAGAGCCCAGGCAGGUCCAUCUUCUAUGACUGCCAACAGGUUGUCUACGCUUGGAUAUGAGAUGCCACUAAAUGCUAACCUCUGCAAACUGGCAGGUGUAGAAGAGCUGGAGUGCCACUAUGCCCCAUGAUGUGCCUUCUAUGCUAGCCAUGUUUGAGCUGCCCCUUCUUGUGUGAUCUCCUGCAUUGCAGCAUUUGCCUUGCUCAUUCUCCCACCAACUGCUAAAGCCUGGAGUGUGUGUGUGGGGGGGGGGAUGUCAUGAAUGUUACAAUAUUCCUGAGAUUUCUCUCCUGCAUAUCCCUGCCUGAUCUUCCUGGCCUUAACAUGUUCCCAAAUUCACUUGCACAUACUUGCACCUUCCCACACACCAUCACAAAUGUUCCCACAUGCAGCCUGAAAAAUACCAGCACCAGUCAGUGUAAUUACCCUUUUAACAUGUUGCCCAUGCUUAAUUUUAUUAGCCAGUUACUGCUUCCAGGUAUAUUUGCCAGGAACAUGCCAAAGCACCUGCCAUCCUCCAUGAAGAAUAAUGCUUGCUUCUCUCCUUACUUUGUAGGAAGUGGAUGGCUUUAGCACAGUUCUGUAUCUGCUGCUGAGGAACUGCAUAUUAAUACUGCUCUAUAUCUACAUCUGAAUAAUUUGCUGAGCUCUUGCACACCACACACCCAUAUAUUUCUAGACAGUGGCCUUAUAUGCAAAGCCAAACAAGGUUUCAAACACUUGGUUGCAGAUUUCACUGCGUUACUCUUCCCUCUGUACCCAUAAGACAGUUUCAUGUUAGCCACAUUUUGAUGCUACUUGAAUCACUCGCUUUAUGUUUCAAAUGCAAGCCUUGAUUUUAACAAGUGGAAGAUACUGAUACUUGCUCUGAGCUAACAUGGAGGAGAAGCGGACACGGAGCAAUGGAUCCAAACUACAAGAAAGAAGAUUCCACCUAAACAUUAGGAAGAACUUCCUGACAGUAAGAGCUGUUUGACAUUGGAAUUUGCUGCCAAGGAGUGUGGUGGAAUCUCCUUCUUUGGAGGUCUUUAAGCAGAGGCUUGACAACCAUAUGUCAGGAGUGCUCUGAUGGUGUUUCCUGCUUGGCAGGGGGUUGGACUCGAUGGCCCUUGUGGUCUCUUCCAACUCAAUGAUUCUAUGAUUCUAAGAGUCAUGUAGGAAGCUGGGCAAUGCUGAUGAGAAAGGAGACUGUGUUCAUUUCAGUCAAAUAGGUGGGGUCCACCCAAUGUUUUGGGCUACAAUUCCCAUCAUUCCCAACCAUUGGCCAGGCUGGUUCUAGAUUUUAAAGUGCUUUGCGUUGUCAGUCCCCUAUGCCUUAGAUAUAGUCAGUCAGUCAGUCAAAUUUAUUGCUUAUAGCCAAAGGCUGUUGCAGUACCUUAGAUAUAAUCUGUUAGCCCAGCCGUGCUUUUAUUUUCUGCUCUGUGUGUCCAUAAGGGGCAAAGACUUCUGGAACAUGGAGCAGGCCUUUUACCACCAUUGGGCCACAAAACACAAAAUCUACAUCUUUUAAAAGGUUUGUGUCAGAUGAGUGCCUUUUUCUGGAACUGUACUUCUGUACAGUCCAUUGCUUUUAGCACUUAUUGAAUAAGCUUCAAGGGUGGAUUCUUAGAAUCUUCCAGUUUCCUUAGGGGUUAGGGAAGCAGUUCCUGAGAGUUUCCAAUCAGCAUUGUUCGUCAGCUACUCCACUGAAGCACCAGUUAACUUCUGCAAUAGAUAUGACUUGGACAGCUUACACAGUUGUGCCUAGUUCUCUUUCAAGAGAUAGACAGAAAGCAAGGAAGGAAGGACUUUCUCUUGGCUAUAUCUAUGUGGAGAGUUUGUUGCAAGUUCCAUUAUGGAUGUUGUGGAGGACCAGGGCACAUGCCAGCUCCAUCAUACAGUUGUUUGAAUUGGGUGAUGAAAGACUGUUUCCUUCUCCACAGCUUCGGGUUUUAUCAGCUACCCUCCCAUUUCUACAUCUCACAUGCCAUGGAUGACUACAGCCUCCAAUAUUUCUAAGAGCACUCACUGGGAACAUUCUGGCUCAAGAGGGGAAAGAGAUUGUGACUGGACAUCUGCCACCAGUGAAUACAAGUAAGUGCUGGUGUUUCUUAUGUUGGAAUGGAACCGGAGCUACAGGUACAGCAGACUUAUGAAGCAUGAAACUGGGCACAAAACUCAACACCCAGAAGACUGUCUGACUCCGAAACGCCCUCUCUGAUUGCAUGGAGCCCGGACAGCCCCGUGGUUUUCCCCAGAGCUGAGGGUGAUGAAACAAUCACUGAGACGGCUAAAGCGCCUGUGGUGGAAAACUCAUUCUGAAUCUGACCAGACAUGGGUAAGAGCUCAACGUCGACGCUACCAAGUGGCAAUAGCAACCACGAAGAGGAGCUUUUCACCGCCUCAGUUGCAUCUGCAGAAAACAGCAGCAGGAGAUUCUUUCAGGUGGUUCACAAUCUAAUGCCAUCAGAGCCUGGUAAGGACCCUAAAAUCUCCUGCAAUGAUUUUGCAGUUUUUUGCAGAUAAAGUCACUCAGAUUGGGAAAAAGGUGGACUCCACCGUGGGAGCAGGGCCGGGGCGGGAGAGUGCUGGACUAGAGUCCAGUCUAGUCAAGUUGCAUGGGAUUGGUCUUUUACCUCCGAGGAUGUGGACAGGCUGCUUGGAUGAGUGAAACCGACCACCUGUCUCCUUGAUCCCUGCCUAUCCUAGCUCAUAAAAGCUCUGUGGGAUGGUGAAUGCUUCCCUCUGUGAGGGAGUCUUCUCAGACUCGCUGAAAGAAGUGGUUUUUAAACCACUUCUCAAAAAAGCAUAUGUAGACCCCAGUCACUAUGGUGAAAUAUCGCCCAGUCUCAAAUCUUCCAUUUUUGGGCAAGGUGAUUGAGCGGGCAGUUGCUGAAAAACUCCAGGCACGCCUGGAGGAUGCGGACCAUUUGGAUCCCUUCCAAUCGGGAUUCAGGCCUCAUCAUGGGACUGAAACUGCCUUGGUCGCACUGGUCGAUCUCGCACUGGUCAUCGGGACAAAGGUAAAAGCUUUUUCCUAGUUCUGCUGGAUUUCUCAGUGGCUUUCGGUACCACUGACCAUGGUAUCCUUCUGGAUCAGCUAGAGGGGUUGCACUGGCCCCAUGAGGCGAAACCACCUCAGCUCCCUCAGUGACAGUUUCACCCUAGGCAGGAACUACAUUAGAACUACAACUACACUACUCAGGCAAGACUUAUUGACCAUGUUCCUGUGAAGGACUGUGGGUUUUGCCUGCCAGGCUCACGUGAACAUUUCUGGAAGAAUUUAUUGGCUUCACCUUUCUGACUUGGGUUUGUUUUGGUUUAGCCAUUUUAUCACAUGGGUUUUUUUCCUGUGUCCUUCCAUUUUUGGGGGAGGGGAGGGGAAGCUCGGGGCAAAAGCUCUUUUUGUAAACCCUAUCACUGGAAUUGCCCGUAUCUGUUAAAACAGUAAAGCAGUUUUUAAAAAGGUGGGUUUUGGGGUUUCCACAUGGUUUGUGAUCAACUUUCCAUGUGUUUUCAUUUCUUGUUACAUUUCUUGAAGCAAGUUUGUGUAUGAUGAGGUUCCAGUAGGUAAAUCUUGUGACCUACUUAUGAAACUCUGAAAAGAGAACAGUGUUUGAAAUUUUCUUCUUGUUAGACAAAGCCUCUUCUCUAACUCACUAUUAUUUCCUUUCAGUGAUGAUGAAAGGGAUCAUUACUAUAGCAGAGAAGGCAGCUACAAUUUUGAGCAGGACUAUCACAGUAGAGAUAAUAGUUGGGAGCGAGAAUAUCAUCAUUGGGAGCAAAGGCACAGAGACAAAGAGGAAGCAGGCAAACACAAAUCAUGGUGGUAAGGCUUUUCCCAAUGGUAGGUUGGAGCUUCUAGCUGGGAUCAGGCCAAGGAACAUUAAAUUAUGUAGGGGUAAACUGUGUUCCAAUCUGGCCUUUCUAUCUAUAAUUAUUUAGAAUGGACAAAGGCUGUAAUAGGUGUAGGAGGGAUGGCUGGAUCUCUCUACCACAUGUGGUAGACCUGCCCAAAGGUCCUUAUAGACCAAAAUAAUUAAAGAUAUUGGUUGGUUAUAGAAUCAGUUAUUGACUCCCAACCCCAGAUUGGUCCUGCUGUAUAUUUCAGAAAUGGACACUGAGGUUUUAACACCCUAAGACUUAAGCCUAUUUCUCUUGUCAGUGGCUAAACUUAUGAUAGUAAAACAUUAGAGGUCACUAUCUAGGAAUUUCAUGUUAGAAUGGACAACUAUAAUAUCAAUUUGGUUUUAACUGAAUGUUUACAGACAAAUUUUAUACUAGGGCAAGAUUUAUUGACUAUGCUUCUGUAAAGGAAUAGGCUUUGCCUGCCAGGCUUGCAUGGACAUUUCUGGAAGCCCUCCUUGGCUUCACCUUUCCUGACUUAGGUUUGUUCUGACUUGGUUCAGCCGUUGGCCAUCCAUCUUUGGGGGAGGGUUGGGGCAGGAGCUCUUUUUGUAUACCCUUCCUAUCAUUGGAAUGCCCAUACCUGCUAAAACAAUGGAAGAAAUUUUAAAAUUGUUGGUUCUGGUGUUUUCACAUGGUUUGUGAUCAACUUUCCAACUGUUUACAUUUCUUGAAACAACUGGGUUUAUGAUGAGGUUCCAGUAGGUAAAUAUUGUGACCUAUUUAUGAAACUGCAGAGAGAACAGUGUUUUAAACCUUUUUCUUGUUAGAAUAAGUCUCUUCUCCAAGUGACUAUUCCUCAUUCUUUCCUUUCAGUGAAGAUGAAAGGGAUGGUUACUAUAGCCAAGAAUGUAGUUAUGAUUUUGUGUGGGGCUUUCACAGUAGAGAGCAAGAAGACCAUCAUCGGGAGCAAAGGCACAGAGACAAAGAGGAAGCAGGCAAACACAAAUCAUGGUGGCAAGGGGUUUCCCAUUGGUAGUUUGGAGCCUCUAGCUGGGAUCAGGCCAAAUAGCAUUAAAUUAUGUAGGGUUAAACUGUGGUCCAGUCUGAUUCAUACUAAUAUAUAUUUUUUCAGUCUCCUUCCUGCACUAGCUGAAGUUUCCAGGCACUAGAGGACAGCCCCAUAGAGGUUGUUAACUGUAGCCUAGCCUUGGGAAUACAAAGAUGUGGAGCAUACCUGACAGCUACUGCAUCAUUCAAGUGCAGCAAUGGUUGUGAGAGCCCCACAGCUGUGAUAAAAUUGACUUGGGUAUGUGUGUGUUGCAUUCCCAUCAGUUUCCCCCUUGAGGUAGAAAUUCACUGAUCAGUGUUAUGUCAGUCUCUUAUUGAUUGAUCCUCCUGAAAUACCAUGUGUUUCAGGUUCCUACUGGAACAUUUCCCCAGCAUGUGGAAAAGGCCUCUUGAUGUUAGAGCUCUAAGACCAGUUUUUCUGUAAAAGGAUGGCUGUAGUCCAGAGCUGAUGCAUAACAUUGCUUUGCAUCCAAUCACCUGCCUCUCCAUUUUUAAACUACUUUUUCACUAUAAUAUUCUCUCUUGCAUUGAGAUGUUGGCAGUACAAUAUUAGAAAAUCUGACAGAUAAGUUUAGAGUUUUGCUUAAAAGCCACCAAGGAUUCUGUUGUAUUUCUAUGAUAAGGAGCAAAGCAUUAAUUCUUCUUGUAUUUUUGUCCAAUCCUAGUAAGCAGCAUGAGAGCAAAGAAUGUGAAAGCCACAAGCAUCACAAGCGCAAGAAGAAAGAGAAGUCAUGA